AUGCUGUCUCGAAUGUGCGUAGCUCGGUCUGCUCUAAACAUCACGCAGACCCUCAAAACUCCCGUACCCCAAAGAUUUGUUCCCAAAAAUUACGUAAUAAGGAAUUAUGCUCGGGAACCGCGUUCUCGUAUGGCAACAAGAUCCCAGCCAACAGUAUGGGAGAAAUUAAUGGCCCCAGCAGGACCAAAUGCUUUCAGUUUGGGAAAAGGUGCAUUAGCUGGGGCAUCAGCUGUGGGCAUGAUAGCAUUAUGCUACUAUGGUUCCGGCGUUAAACCUGGCACGCUACAAGAGGCACACCUUUGGCCUCAGUAUGUCAAGGACCGCAUCAAGGCCACAUAUGGAUACAUUGCGGGAUCAUUGCUUCUUACAGCCGGCAGCGCUAUCACUGUAUUUAGAACGCCAGCCCUGCUUAAUAUGGUAGCGAGAAGUGGAUGGGUUUCUAUCAUCAUGACAAUGGGUUUGAUGAUUGGUUCUGGGAUGGUUGUACGAGGAAUGGAAUAUAAACCAGGUUUCGGAGCUAAGCAAAUAGCGUGGAUGGUACACACUGGCAUUAUGGGAGCUUGCAUCGCACCUAUAUGUUUCCUCGGCGGCCCUAUUUUAAUGCGCGCUGCUUGGUACACAGCUGGUGUUGUCGGUGGUUUGAGUACUUUGGCAGUAUGUGCACCGUCGGGGGAGUUUCUUAACAUGAGAGCCCCACUGGCCAUGGGUCUGGGAGCAGUGUUUGCUGCUUCAGUCGCUGGGAUGUUCCUACCACCAACAUCUGCAUUGGGAGCUGGCUUAUACUCUUUGAGUUUGUAUGGUGGUCUUAUAGUCUUUGGUGGAUUCUUGCUGUAUGACACCCAGGCUAUAAUCAAGCGAGCUGAAAUGCAUCCAAUGUAUGGAUUCCAACCCUAUGAUCCAAUCAACUCUGCUAUCUCAGUGUAUUUGGAUGUAUUGAAUAUUUUCAUGCGUAUUGCAAUGAUCCUGGCCGGUCAAGGAGGAAACAAGAGAAAGUAG